AAACGUAGCAUGAUGACACGAUAUGCCAGUUCUCUCGUGAUAACCAUUCGCCAUUCGUGUCCGAACCGAUUUUCAUCGACUUUCAUCAACCGGACCGCCACCGAUCAUCCAGAACAAUGGAGGUAGCAGUUAUAGUUGCCUUCGCGUUCCUCAGCAUGUUCACGUUAUGCGAGGAAACGUAUGCUUUCCCUGAUGAGGCAAAGAUCAACACCACCAUGAAGGAUAUAAAGGAGCCUAAAGACAUCAAAGAAGCGGCGACCGCGUCGAAAGAUGUAAAGGACGCCAUCAAGGCGGCCAAGGAAGCGAAGAAGAAUAAGAAGGAUUGCUCGCGAGAUUGCGGGACCGAUUAUGAUCCUGUUUGCGCUCACGAUCCUGUCGACUCCAGCUUUAAGCCGAGGACCUUCGGCACGCAGUGCGCUCUGGAUGUUUACAACUGCGAGCUGGGCGCGAAAUUGGCUGUGAAGAGCAAAGGCGAGUGCCCUGGAUCCGGCGGAGUAAGACUGUCCUAAACAAGAGUUCGAUUCUGGAAAAGCACCAUGAAACGCGAAGUAGAAUAACCGUCGAAUUAACCGAUAGUUUAUUAUCAUAAAUUUAUUUAGUUGAAGUAAAUACCUUAAUGUAUUGUAACGCAAUGAUACUCUUCCUCUAACGUUGAGAGAAUAGAGACGGUGGUACGCAAGAAAGUUAUGUAUAACUACGCGACAAAAUCUGGCGAUAAAAUUGGCCGCUAAACUAUACACUAUGUAUGAAUAUACAAUGCGAAGCGCAUCUAACUAAUAAAUAUUAAUGAUGAGCAA